UAAUACUUUUUAUGACGAUGUAGCCUGAUUUUUUUUAAGUUGACAACCAGUACAAAUCGAGGAACGUGGAUAUAACAGCUCCCCCUGUCGUGAUAAAAUGACAUUGGAACUCGUGUAAAGGAGUUACAUCUAGGAUCAAACUCACUACAGGACUGAUACAGGGAGCUGUGUAUAAUCCGUCAUUGUCCUUCGUAAUUGUUGAGAUAUUACGUUAUAAUAACAUCGCUGGUUUUAACAACCGUAUCUUCAUCCGCAAGAACCAAAGAUGACCCCGUGUCUACUCAUGAGUAUAUUUUUCACUGUAUUUGGAAACAGUUUUUUAUAUGGCUACAACAUAGGAGAUGUCAACAAUCCUGCACCAGUUAUACGAGAGUUUUACGCUAGGAUUCUAUUAGUAAGAAAAGGCUACUUUCCUCUAUCGGAGCUCUCUCCCAAUGAAUCAGCAGUAUUUUUAGCCAACCUUGCCACAGGACCAAGCUAUAGUAAUAGUACCGCUGGCAGCUCUAUGCCAUCCCUUGCCAAUAUGUCAUUUGAACAAAUUGAAAUUGGUAUCAUUAAGAAAAUGGUGGAAAACGAGCCUGUCAUAGAAAUUCUCUGGUCAGUAACUGUGGCUAUCUUUGUUCUGUUCGGUAUGAUUGGAGCGUUUGUGUCGGGAAGUGUGGCAGAUCACUUUGGAAGGAAGAAGGGUAUGUUGAUGAUAACCGUUUUGAUGUUCCUGGCCGCUCUAUUUGGAGGGAUCCCCAUUGUCACUGGGUCCUUUGAGAUGCUUAUUGUACACAGAGCUCUAGUAGGACUCCACUGUGGUAUAAACGUCAGCUUGGCCGCUAUGUACCUGGCCGAGAUCUCCCCCCGAAGUAUUCGUGGAGCAGUAGGUACCUGCCACCAGCUUUUUAUCACCGUCGGUAUCCUGUGGAGCAACCUCAUGGGAGUAUCCAAACUCUGUGGUACUGCCGAACUAUGGCCAAUCGUGUUUGUCUUCAAUGCGAUUCCCGCGGCUAUCUGUCUUAUCGGACUGCCCUUCUGUCCGGAGAGUCCUCGCUUCAUGUUGAUCAAGCAGGGAAAAGAGCAAGAAGCCAGAGAUGCCCUGAGGAAGCUUCGAGGCUACUCUGAUGUUGAGGAGGAGAUUGAUGAGAUGAAGGUGGAGGCUCGUAAGAGUCAGAGUGUCGAGAGCUUCUCUAUCAAAAGACUGCUGACCACACCAGACCUGAGGGUGCCAGUCAUUAUGGCCUGUGUGCUCCAGAUCUCCCAGCAAUGGUCAGGUAUCAAUGCUGUAAUGUCCUUCUCCAGCUUCAUGUACAAGAAUGCCGGGGUACCCGCCAACGUGGUGGAGUGGGUAGUAUGUGGCACAUCCACCAUCAACGUGCUCACCACCAUUAUUGCCGUACCGCUGAUGGAGAAGCUGGGGCGACGCCCACUAAUGAUCUACCCCAUGAUGGGGAUGGCUGUAUCUUUCAUCAUCCUCACCAUCUUCCACAAUCUCCAGUAUGAUGAUAGCCUUUCAGAGAACCAUCAAACAUUCGCCUAUGUGGGGAUCGCUGCCAUGCACACCUAUGUCAUAGGUUUUGCUCUUGGUUUGGGUCCUAUCCCAUUUCUCAUUGUGAGUGAGAUCUUCCGACAGGAGCCCCGUGCUGCGGCUAUGAGUAUAUCUCUGGCUUUUAACUGGGUGUGCAACUUCACGCUGAUGUUGGUGUUUAGGUUCAUGCAGGACACCAUGAAAGGAUACGUUUACCUGCCUUUCAUCGUCGUUCUUGUCCUUGCUAUCACCUUCAUCAUCAUCAUGGUGCCAGAAACAAAGAACAAGACAUUUGACGAGAUAUCAGUACAGAUCGGUUUGGGUCGUGGUAAAAAGGGAUUAGCUUAUGAGCAGGACGAAGGGCAAGAGCUCAACAGCAUGAAGACCUAAGGAUUAUAAUAGGGCAUUAUAAGACACAUCAAAAACGUUUAUAAAAAAGAGUGGCUAAGUCAUAGUGCUUAUAUAUGCUAUACCAAUUUAGCCAUAUUCCAUUUGAUAGGGUUUGAAAAUUUUUGUAAGUGUUUUUUUUUCCAAAUUUUUCAAAAAAAUGGAAUUAAAUGAUAUUUGAAACCAGAUCAGCAAAGAAGUGCUACUGAAGAUCCAAUCAAUAUAAAAGAGAGGAAAAUAUGUUGACAAAUUAAUACUAAAUCCACUAAUUGGAACUUUGUUGGUCUAUAUUUUGGUCCAGUUAACAGGAAUUUGACUAAAAAGAUGUUGAUCACCUGUAUCUACCAAUGUUUUGUUUUUUGGUUGAAAUUGUUUAUGUUCAUCAGGCGAUAAAGCUGUUUUAUGACCACCUAGGGCUUGUACCUCAAUUUCACUUCACUGUAUUGAGGUGCCAUUGUAUGUGAAAAUAUUGUUAUUGGAGAAAAAUAAUAUCUUAACAAAUAUAUGAAGACUUGAUGCCGGAAGGAUAAUUGGAAUUUAAUAGCCUGUAAUGAUGGGUUUUAAGAUUAUUUUCAUAUGAAAAGUGCUAUUUGCAAAAAGUAAGGAAAUGGCUUAUUGGUAUAAAAUCAGAGAAUAGUUGCUCGUAGGAUUUGAAAUGAAUCUCACUAGUGCUGCAAUAGUUGUAUGACAAAGUGAUUUAACCCAUUCACCCCUGAAGACACAUUUGAACUCUUCCAAUUCAAAUGUUGGAAAAGUUUAUUAUGACAUUUCAGGGAUGAAUAAAUAAAAAAAGUCAGUUGAUGUGGAGGGAAACCUUGAUAAUUUAAUUAUGUCAUUAAGGAUGAAAAAAAUAUAAUUAAAAAGAAAGGAAAAAUUGGUUAUGUUUGUGCAUAAAAAUGUGUAGAACAAAAUAAUGUUACAUGCAUGUAUAAGGUGUAUUCAACAUAUUGUUAAUGUAAUAUCACAAUAGUCUUUAGAUAAUUGUAUUACCAUAAUGUAUUGUUGCUUUUGUCCUGUAAAUUGGAUAUCCUGGGGAGAAAUAGUUUAUCAAACUCCUGUAGAAAUGUGGAUGCUUCGUUGUUUUACAUACAUAGUAGAUUUACUAUGCCACUAUAUAUACAUAGUAGAUUUACUAGGCCACUACAUACAUAGUAGAUUUACUAGGCCACUACAUACAUAGUAGAUUUACUAUGCCACCACAGUUAGAAAUGGGGUUUUUUGUUCUUAGAAAUUCUUUAAAAAGUAAUUAUGAAAUCCUAUAAUGCCAACAUGGAGAGGGGGGCGGAUGAUGUUAGUGGAGUUGGGUGAGGGUUACGGGGUGAGACUAUUACAGAAAUUAAUAGAUAUGAAAGUGGAGGGGGAAGGGUGUUCACAGUUUUACAACGAUCGGUGUCAAAAUAAGAUGUUCUCAACACAUUGCAAGUACUUUGAACAAUACAUCCUUUAGCAGGAGUUUCUUGAAAUUUUCAGAAAUUCAGAAAUACUUCAAAUUGAAAUUACCAUGUCUCCAAGAUGACGUCAGCAAUUUGGUUUUUGAGGACAUUAAUUGUUUUAUUGAGUAUCUUAAACAGCUAUUUUUUUUAUAUGCUCUUUAGCUUGUUAUAUUUUGUCAAGCCACUUAUUAACAGCAAUGAGUACCGGUAAGUUGAUUUAAAUAAGACAUCAACAUUUGAAGUCUCGAAGGAAAUAAAUUAACUCAGGAUUAUUUUAUGUGCUAUUUAAUUAUUAAUUUCUAGUCAAAAAGUUAUUUUUGAUAUAUUUAUAUAUUGAUGUACACUUUGUUUUUAA